AAUUCACAAUGAAAAAAACAAGGAAAACACAAACAAGUAAAACAACAUGUGUCGGCACUGUGAAGGAUACAGACCCCGCAUCUAUAAACAGUUGUGGCCAACUUCGUCGAGUGAGUGAGGUUACUUUCGUUUCGCGUUAAACCGGAAGUACCCGCAGGAUACUAAAUUGGGACACGCCCUCCGUUCUUGUUGCUUUAAUGAAGCAAUUGGAAGUAACACUACGACCCGAACAUGUCCAACUCUCACGAUAAAUGUCUCCCGGAGGAAAAGGGGGUCCAUAAAAGGAUUAACGUGUACGACUGUCGCCAAGGAACGACGCAGGAUAAACACACAGUCAUCGACGCUCGCAGCUUGGACUACAAACACUUUCUACUGGCGUUCAGGAGGAAAUUUUCAAUCACCUCGCCUGAGUCGUGUGUGCUGACUGACACGGAUCGAAAUAAUCUGAAUUCUGACAAAUUUGAUCAACUUCGAGAUGGAGGUACCCUCCUCUUAUUAGAUCAUACCAACCAAGAACUUCCAUUGCCAACAGAGGAACGCAUCAACUUUCAGCCUCAUUACGAUACAGUAACCAAGAGUGGGGCAUAUGAGUACUAUGACAGCGAGGGCCAGAAGUCCUUACCCUACGCACUGGCCGAGUUGCUGGACAACUCCAUCUCAGCCACAGCUAAAAACACAAGUGUCCGAACGAUUGAGAUAAGAAUGCUGCUUGAUGAAACUCACGGGAAGCCUUCGGUUGUUGUCAUGGAUAACGGCUGUGGGAUGACCGUCAAGCAGCUCAACAACUGGGCCGUAUUCAGGCUCUCAAAAUUUAGCAGCAAGCGUGAAGGUUAUGUUCCACCGGAGCCCACUGCUUUUAGUCUCAACAGUGACAUAUCCUACUUUGGAGUCGGAGGAAAACAAGCUGUUUUCUUCAUUGGAGACACCGUGAGGAUGAUCACCAAAGCAGUAGGAUCUCCAGAUGUUCAUGAGCUGGUCCUGUCUGAAGAGCAGUUUGUUCAGAAAGAGAAGAACCAAGAAGAAAUUUACAGCGAUGUUAUCAGAAACAGGAAGCCUUGUGACUCUUCACACAUAUAUAAAAGUGAGGAGCGCUUCCUUCAUGGCAUGAUUGCUGAAGAAUCUGAAAAAGAAAGCUUCACAGCCGUAGUCAUCACAGGCAUCCGUCCACAGCAUAUUACUUCCCUGAAAGAAGACUUUGAAGGAUGGACAAGGCAACUUGCUCACACAUACCACUAUUAUAUCCAUGGAGAUAUCGGAAACAUGAAACCUUCAGGUCAUCACCCUCAAAUUGAAAUACAGAUCUCUCUGCAGGAGAAACUAACACGAUGUCCUCGCGUGAUGAACCUCAAGGAAGUGGAUGACGACAUGCAGGCCUUGUACAUAAACGCCGCUGCUGACAAGUUUUUCUUUCAAGCGGAGGUGUCCGGUGUCAUGGUGGAGGGAAUCAUUCGCUAUCAUCCCUUCCUCUACGACAGGGAGACGUACCCGGAAGACCCCUACAGUGCACAGGCACCUUUUGACGAGGAAGAUGACUACAAUGAGUCCGGAACCCGAACUCAAGCAAGAGGGAAUAGACCCAUAUUUGAAUGUUUCUGGAAUGGGCGGCUCAUCCCAUACACCACAAUAUCAGAGUUUGAGUGGUGUGCCUUUCCCAAAGGCUCCAAGGUGCCUCCAGAGUGCUACAGUCGCUUUUCAGGUGUGCUCUUCACCAAUGACAAAUUUCAGGUGACCAUGAACAAGCUCACCUUUAUAGACCUGGAGGUGAAACUAAAGAGCAAGGACACCAUCUUCACGUGCACGGUGAACGGACAGACACGGAGAAGAAACAUCCAGAAAGAAUUCACACAGUGGCUCCUCCACUGCCAUGAGAAAUUUGACAAGCAGGUGAAGUUCCUGAACUACACAAAUGUCAUCACACGGACAGAUGUGGCCGUCAAGAAGCUUCAGCAUCCUUGGACCACCUUCACCGCUAUCCAAUGGGACAACAGAACCUUCACUAAGGGUCAACUGGUGAAGACGCAAAGAACGGUGCCAAUUAUGCAUGGUAGUGUUGUGCGGUUUUUGCUGUAUGGAACGUACGACAGCGACGUCUUUGCCACAGGAGGACACAUAGAAAUCCAAUUGGAACCCAAAGAGCUGUACGACCAAAACAAGAUCAUACCCAUAUCCAAAAUCGACAGGACUGCCACAGACGAAGCCAUCCAGAUGAACAUCAACAAUGACCUCGCCAGGGUUCCAAACAAGCUGAAAGUGGAAUGGGAAAAAUGCAAGCCCUGGUCACAAAACUCUGUGUUCCCAGCUGGGACUCAAUUAGGUCCACUCAAAGUGCAAAUUGUCAACCAAAGAGAAGAAUCUUUAUCCAGGAUGCCGUCAAUGCGACAGAGAUCAGGGAAAAGACUCAGUGUCAUGCUCAGACUGAUUUUCCAUGAUCCUAAAGGAGAGGAAGAGAUGGCGUCAUGUGUUUGCCAGUAUGCUCAGCAGUGGGGAUUCUGGUUCAAUGCAAUAAACAAUCUCGUGAAACUGGGGGAGUACACACUGUUUCUAAACACCAUCUUAAGUGAAAAUAACUCCAGCACCUUUGGAGGCCAAAUGCUUCCAAGUUUCACACUCAAGUUCCGUAUCAGAGAGGGAGAAGCUGAAAGUUUCAGAGUUGUGGAUGUUGGCGACUCCACCGUUCAUGUUGGAGAGCCGUUUGACAUCUCUCUGCAGUUCAAUGAUGCCUACAAUAAUCCAACUGUGCCGCUGCCCAAUCUCGAGCCUGCCCUUGAAUGCAGGGACCUACAAGAUGUUGAAUUCCAGAGAAGAAAUCCAUGCAAAAAAGAAAGGGAUCUGGAACUGACGUACGACUUUCUGGACUACAGUGGCCCCCCUUUCAUCAUCAGAGGUGUCAAAGCAUUCGGGAAAAUUCAGAAUCACCACCAAUAUAAGACAUUUGAACUGAAAGUGACCCUACCGGGCCUCAAAGAAGACUCACAGACUUUAAAGUUGAAUCUUCUUCCUGGCGAACCACAUUUUCUCCGUGUGAUGCCGGAAGAUGAGGUCAUCACGAUUGAGAAUGGAAGCCCCAUCAGGUUUAGCGUUGAAGUUUGUGAUGUGACCGGAAACGUCACCGCUCACCCCAACCAAGUUGUUCACUGCCAGGUGGAGUCUCUUCCAACAGCCGUGAUUGACUGCAGCAGCACUGGAGCUGGACAGAUAGUGACAGAAACCAUCAAGCUCAAACUAACUCGGGGAGAGUCUCAACAUCUGAAAGUUACAUUUCAGAUUCCGGGCCAGAAGGACACAUUGAAGGUUGUGAAGGAGAUUGUGGUGAUACCUAGCACAAGACUGACACAGAUAGAGGUCUGGAGCCAAAACAACGGGAACCUGAUUUUUAGAAACAACGACAAGAUAGAAUGGCCAGCUGGUGGCCUCCUGGAUCAUCUGUACUACAGGUUGUAUGACGAGGGUGGAAGAGAAGUAUCUCCCACGGCUGAAAUCGCCUCCACUAUCAAGGUGAAUUGGACAGCAGAUGUCUGUCUUGAAGAUCUGGUGCGGGGCAAGCUGCCAGCCAUAGAGGUUCCCACACAGGUUCAGGAGGGACGAUUCUAUCAAGUGUCUUUGCAAGACCAGAGCAUGUCUAUUUCCUUUACUAUAGAUGUUUGUCCAGGUGAACCAGCACAAUUAAAAGUGAAAAUGCCACAAAGCACAGUGAGGCUUGGGGAAACUAUCCUUGGAAGUAUCAAGAUGGUACUAUUGGACGAAUAUGGCAACAUGACCAAGGCACUGAGCCCCACCAGUGAGAAUGACAUCACUGUGGAAGGUGAGGGUCUGGUCAAGUCAGCCCUCGUCUACACAUGGAAGGAAAGCAGCCAAUGUGUUUGUGUCACUGGGGUCCGCUUCCAGUCUGGAUACCCGGGUUCUAGAGAAUUGUGCUUCACCUACACAACGUUUGUGGAGCGUGUCAUCAUCAAAGUGACCACUGGCCUUCCUGCACAGCUGGUACUCCUCAGUGGACCCGAACAGCCAUUGCAGGUGUUGAACGAACACGGCAUCAACACGAAGUUCGUCCUCCAACUGUGUGACAAGUGGAGGAACUGCUCCACGGACCAGAGGGUUGUGGUUCACAUCAAGCCCUCUACCGAUUUACUAAAGGUGGCAAAUUCUGUUACUUCCCAACCAGUGGAUGUGAACGGCCAAGCUACUUUUGAUGUGAACCGAGUGAGUGGACCAAAGGGGAACUACCAGCUAAUGUUUAAAGGUGUCUUCAAUCUGAAUCCCAUUCCUGGUCCAGUUGUGGAUAUUACAGUCAUCCCCGAUGGCAGCAGACCAGUGGGACUGUCAGUCCACUAUGACAAGAAUGUCAAAUUUCCAGCAGGGGGCAUCUUCCCAGUGUUUACUGUGACCGUGGUGUCCGAGGAGGGCAUCCCCAUUACAAACUGCAACCCAGCCGCUAUCACCAUGCUUCUGUGGAGCGGGGGGCCAUCAGGACCAGAACCUCCCGCGACAGCAGACCAGCUGACAUGUAGUAAACCCCCAGCAAACCAAAAAAAAGAUUGCUUUCACUUCAGAAAUAAACCCAUCCCACAGCAAGUUGGACAGUACAGCAUCCAGUUUUGUCUGUGUACUAGUCGAACCACAAAACUGUUCAGCGAUCAGAUUCCAGUAGAGGUGGUGGCCAAUCACCCUACCAAACUGGGACCUGACAUCCAACCGCCCACACCUUUGGUUUUCCACAGUAAGGACAUCGCCAACCGAACCCUGGUGCAGAAUAUGACGCUGAGGAUAUUGGAUUCCUAUGGGAACCCAGCAGGAGAAAACAUGGAGGGGACAGUGAGGGUUAUCAUAAAGAACUAUGAAGAUAACUCCAAUAAGGUCAUUCCUCAACUUGAAGGUGAAAGCAGCUGCAAUGUAAGACUGUCAGAAGGAAAAGCUCAUAUCAACAUGCUGGCCAUCAUGGAGAACAGCCCUGGUGAGGACGGUGCCUCUUACAUCCUCCUCUUCAAACCUCAAGUCCCAAUCGACCCCACUCCACUCGCCCCCUUUCAGCUCCGGUUCCAUUUUUAUAACGAUGCCGAACAUCAAACAAAAAUGUCUGAGCUGUCCAGGAAGAAAGACGAACUAUCUACGGCCAUUGAAACUUACAGAGGCCUGUUGGCGACAUACAGUGAACUCUAUAAUUGCUUGACAGUGCGAUUCCAAGAUGCAAAAGACAAAGAGGCUAUUUUUAGAAGCCAACUCAAAUCGAAAAACAUAAACCUGAGUCAAACAGUCACUAUCAAAGCUGUUGACCAGCUGCUGAGCCGAAAGCAGUCUGAAGCCGACCAGAUUAAGAAAAUGCCCAGAAGAGUCUGCUCCAUUCCUAACCACUUGGAGGGGCAGCAGGAUGUUUUGGGAAAGGUCGGCCACCUGGCCUUUGUGCAGGAUGAGGAUGAAGCCAGGGUAAUUUCCUGGCACAUCAGGGGCGACAUGGACUGCGUGGUCGCCAAGACGACAGCAGCAGCCAAGAGGAUCUACGACACCACGGGAGGCAUGCAGCAGGUCUUACCCCUGGACAGUAUUUAUGUAGCACCCGGGCGCAGCUCACUACCUCACAUCCGUAACGGCCAUCCUCUGUUCCAACCCCUUGGGAAUCCGGUUUUUGCAAGGGAAUGCCUAAUUUACUCCCAAAGCAACAUCAACUAUAGCAUGGUAUUCAGAAAUCUUCUCGGUGACACGAUUGUGAUGGACGACUUGGACGCUGCAACCAACUACAGACGAAUCUUGGUUGAAAGUAAAAUCCCCUGCCCCACCAUCCUGACGAGACAGGGGGAGCGCGUAAGUAAUAACGGCAAGUUCGGAGGCGCGCAGAACAAAGCCCCCUUAAUCUCAAAACUGCAAGUGUUUGGGGCCCCCCUCCCGCAGAGUUUCCACACCCUGAAGGAGCAAAUAGAACUCCUCACCAAGUACCGCUUAGCCCUGCAGAACAAGUUGGAGGCACAGGAAGAAUGCGAGGAACAGAUGAAGCAAACGGAUGAAAUGCAGAUCAAGCAGCGAGAAAUGGAUGAAAAAGUCAUCGAGCUGCGGGAAGUUGAGAAACAACUCGCGUCCACGUCGCAGCAGCCCAAGAAGCGAAGCCUCCAACAUGCUGGCAGGCCUCCGGGCACGGAGAAGAGACAAAAAAAUGUCUAAGUUCAGAAAAGGUUGGGUUUUCUAUACAUAUAUAUCUUUUUUAUUACAUUUAAUUACAUUUCUUUUAAUUAAAUUGUCAAAGAAGGCUUUAUUUUCUAUGCAAAUAUAUCUUUUUUGGGUCAUUAAUGCAACUUUUCAAAACACAUCAUUAGGUACACUUGUGUUAUAUUGGAAUUCCGUAUGUAAUAAAUAUGUUCCUAUUAUUUGCUUACCAUAUGGCCACAUGAGAGUGAAAGUUACUAUCCAUGUCAAUUUCACAGGUGUACCUAAUGCUCAUUCACAUAUAUUGCAAACUUUAGUGGCUUUUUGGCGAAACCAACAGGACCCCGGUAUGAUUUAGUAUACAGGGAAUACUGCCUGGAGGAAAUAAUAAAGCAAGCAGGAGAUGUUAUGCUUACAGAAAAAAGAAAUAUUCUCCGGCUUCAUGCAGUUGAGUUGAUUCUGGUUGCACAUGAUAACUCACAAAUAAACUUCAAUGAUGUAUACACCAUUCAAUCAUUUGUGCAUCUGUUGAAGGGUGCUUUAUUUUAGACAAACAUAAGACACAGUUUUUCAUUCCAUAAUGCUCCAAAAAUCAUUAUAAAACGCAAAAGAAUACAUUUGAUUGUUGCCAACACCAAGAAAAAGCACACAUUGUUUUUAAUGUAACACCACUUUCAACUGUUGGUUGGUUGCAUAGCAAUGUUAACUCUCUUUAACCAAAAAAAUGGGUGGGGCUCACAUCGAUAAGUCUGACGUUACUACAUGUGUACUGUGUAUGUGUGUAAGUGAUCUGUAAUACUUUAAUAUUGAAUUAUUUUCUUAAUGAGCGGCACGGCGGUUGAGUGGUUAGCGCGCAGACCUCACAGCUAGGAGACCAGGGUUCAAUUCCACCCUCGGGCAUCUCUGUGUGGAGUUUGCAUGUUCUCCCCGUGCGUGCGUGGGUUUUCUCCGGGUACUCCGGUUUCCUCCCACAUUCCAAAAACAUGCUAGGUUAAUUGGAGACUCCAAAUUGUCCAUAGGUAUGAAUGUGAGUGUGAAUGGUUGUUUGUCUAUAUGUGAUUGGCUGGCGACCAGUCCAGGGUGUACCCCGCCUCUCGCCCGAAGACAGCUGGGAUAGGCUCCAGCACCCCCGCGAGGAAAAGUGGUAGAAAAUGAAUGAAUGAAUGAACUUGCUAAUUGCACCGUGUACGUAAAUGAGGCACCAUUCAUCUCCUCUGCAUUUUCUUUAAACACGGCUAUGGAUAAUGACAAAAUGUACUUGUUUCAUACUCGUAUCUGGCAAAAAUGCCUUAUCCAUAACGGAUAUUCUUUUAUAACAAUUAUCCGGCUCAUGCCUAGUAUUUACUUAUGUACACUGAAUUACUAACUAAAUAACUAAAUACAUAACAUCAAUAGACGCUGUAUAUCUCAGCUUGUAGAGUACUUAAUUCUUAAUAUGGAGGUUACAGGUUCAAUUCCGGUAUCAAGCUCAGUGUCACGUUCCGGCUUGAGAGCUUUACGGUUCAACCCCAGGAUGCAGAGAUGAGGACCCAAUUGCAGGUAGAAAUAUAUUUAAUGGUGCUAUGCAGCAGAACAACGCAUGUCCAAACAAAAAAUGACAAUGACCCAACAAAGAAAGAAACGCGCACAUGAACUAAAUCGGCAACACAAAUAAUGGGAAACGGGUGCGGAAGAUAAUUGAAAGCAACGGAAAACAGAACAGAGCAACAGAGGAAGUGAAUACAAAAUAAGGGCAUGAAUGAGGAACAGAGGAAAAGAGGAAAACUCACGAGGGGGUGAAGCCUGAUCGUGACACUCAGAUACCAAACUAAUUAAUACGGUAUUAUGAAUAAUAUUUUCCCAUCCAGAGGCAGGCGGGAGAGGGGCUCAAAACAGCCAAGCAUGAUUAUCAUCAAAAACAUACUUUUGGUCACUUUUUUGUUUUCAUAAUCAGCAAAUGUACAGCAAAUUAUUGGCAGUAAUACUUUUUAUUGUAGAAAAUAAUGGCUAGUAAAUACUAUGGACACGUGAACUACUGAAACAAGUCGAUUUAACACAUUUAAAUGAAAAUAAUUCCACAAACAAUACACACUUGCUUUCAUAGAAAGAAGUCAUAUGGAGAGAUAUUCAGAGUGACUGAAUGGCAUAAAAAAGGCAGAAAAGAUGACCUGAUAGUAGACUUUAUUGAAUGUGAAUUGAAAGUGUGGUUCGAGACCGACUCCAUUUGUAAAGUGCUUUGAGGUGACUUCUGUAGUGAAUUGGCUUCAAAAACUGCUUCAAAAUUACUGUUGCAAUGACACAUCAUCAGUAGGGUAAAACUAACCUGUCUCACGACGGUCUACUUGAGUCCUACUUGAGCUGGUCGGGCCGAUGAGUCGAUUUACGAGUCCAUUACUCCUGCUUCUUCUGUAGCCUAGAGCAGUUCCUCCAAACACAAAGGGGGAACGGGCUCCCUCCAGUACGAGAAGGCGCUAUACUCGGGGCAGCUGAAGGCGGCGCUGUGUUGGCAUGUCCGCAGGGGAAAGACAUGCUCAACCAGUUCGCUCAGUCGACCGUAUCUGCCAAAACACACGAUGAGUGUCCCCGUCGGACGGAGGCGUUGCUGUUAUAUACUUAAUAAUAAUAAUAAAAAUACAUUUUAUUUAUAUAGCGCUUUUCAGAGUACUCAAAGACGCUUUACAGUAGAGAAAAAAAAAUAAAAAUAGAGUCAGGACUGCGGAGACUGUUGAUAUUUUUAAAAAAAGAUUAAAGACGCACCUUUUUAAUCAGGCUUUUAACUAAUAUUUUUAAACUUUUCUUAUGUUUUUAUCUUUUUUGUCCUAUUUUAUGCUCUUAGUCUUCAGCUUUUAACUCCAGUGUUUUGUUUUUAUCUUUUUAGUCCUAUUUUAUGCUCUUAGUCUUCAGCUUUUAACUCCAGUGUUUCCUUAGGGGGGUCCUCCACACUGGGGGCUGUUCGGGUCUGCUGAGGGGGUGCCAUCCUUGGGUCCCUUCGACACGGCCGGCUGGGGGUUCCUCCCUUUAAUGUGGGGGUCCGCCCGUCUGUCGGAGUCGGGGGGCCCGGGUGCUGGUCCUCCGAUGGCACGGCCUGCAGCUCCUCCCAGUGGUCACGGCCCCAAAAGUGGCGUUUCCUUGUUCCUCAGUGCCAUGCCAUGUCUCCCUGUCUGUCCUCUCCUCUCUGUCACAUGUGUGUGAUCGUGUGCUUGCGUGUGUGUGUGCGUGUGUGGGUCUAGUAUGGAGG